AGCUUUCAGAAAUAAUUACCUGGCUUGAUUGUUCUAUGGGCAGAUAAAAAAAGUACACAUGCACUCCAUAUAAUAAUCGGAUGCAUGUAAAAGAGACGGAAACAGCGCCAUGUCGACUACGGGUCCCAUAAGUAAUUAUUAUGUGGAUUCCUUGAUCAACCAUGAGAGCGAGGAUGUUCUGGCGUCUCGUUUCCCGACUACUGCUCCGAUAUCCUCCGGCUCACGCCCGACGCCUCUCGUGCCGGAGUGCGUGGAUUAUCCGUCGUGCAGUUUUGCCCCGAAACCACCAGUUUUUACUACCUCUUGGGCCCCUGGUCAUUCACAGUCGUCGGUGGUUUACCACCCGUACACACACCAACCUCACUUAGGAACAGACUCGAGGUAUGUCCGCUCGUGGCUAGAGCCUAUUCCUGGUACUGUGUCCUUUCCAGGCUAUGCAGCUAACAGCAGGCACUACGCGCUAAAGCCUGACGCCUUUCAGGAUCCCCGAACUACAGACUGUUUAGCUUCAAACGGACGCACCUAUUCGGAUUAUGUCUACUGUUCUGCGGUCGACAUCAGGGAUAAGCAACAGAAUGCAUCUUCCCCAGAGCCUGAGAUCGUUUCUUCCGGAAAGCACAAAGAGGAGAAGGCUGAACUGGACCCAAAUAAUCCCGUGGCCAACUGGAUCCACGCGCGCUCCACACGAAAGAAGCGAUGCCCUUAUACAAAAUAUCAAACACUUGAACUCGAAAAGGAAUUUUUAUUCAAUAUGUAUCUAACAAGAGACCGGCGAUACGAGGUGGCCAGAGUGCUGAACCUGACGGAACGACAGGUCAAAAUCUGGUUCCAGAACCGACGAAUGAAGAUGAAGAAAAUGAACAAGGAAAAGAGCGACAACAAAGAAUAAAUUGUCAACACUUUUACUCAAUACAGACUGAAGGAAAGUUUAGAAAUUUGUCUUAAGUCUUAACAAUUAUCAGCGUCCUUGUCACAGGAACAGAAAACACCAAGACACAACGAUAGUGUUCUUGAUACGUAGUAAUUAUGAUUUCGUGUGACUGCAAUUUUACCAACCUUUGUUGUAUUAACACUAUAAAUAAUUGCACAACUCAGCUUAUUAGGAUUUAGAUUACGUUUCUUCAAUUUUACAUUCUUUCAGAGCUGCCCCAGGCGUAGAAGCAAGACAAUACUUGAACACCUCAACUUAUAAACUUCCUAAUUUAUAAUGUUUACCUGAAUGUUUCUCCGAUGUGUGUUUUGUUUUUGUUUUGUUUUAUUUUGUAAAAGAUGUAGAACUUCGAUAUUUUGUAACGAGUAACAUAGUUUAAAACAUUUGUGUCAGUGUUUUGCUGUUUUUAAUGUAAAUGUUUGUGCAUUUUCAUUCAUUAUUUUUCAUAAAAUUGUAAAAAAAAAAUGUAUUGUAGAUUCUUAAAUAUACUCUACUGCCAUCUUA